CUGCUGCUCUUCGCCACCAACGGGCGCUUCUACACGCUCGCGGCGGAUCGCCUCCCCGGCGGGCGCGGCUUCGGCGAGCCCGUGCGCCUCAUGGUGGACCUCGGCAACGAUCACGAGCCGGUCGCGCUCUUCGUUCACCGUCCCGGCCGGCUGUUGCUGGUGGCGGCGAGCGACGGGCGCGGCUUCUUCGUCUCCGAGGACGAUGCCGUCGCCCAGACCCGCACCGGGCGGCAGGUGCUCAACGUGGCGCAGGGAGCGGAGGCCGCGGUCUGUGUCGAGGCGGCCGGCGAUACGGUCGCGGUCGUCGGCAGCAACCGGCGCCUGCUGCUCUUCCCCGCCGCUGAGGUGCCGACCAUGGCGCGGGGCCGCGGCGUGAUCUUGCAGCGCUUCCGCGAUGCCGCGCUCUCGGACGCGCAGGUCUUCGACGGUGCCGAAGGACUGCGCUGGCGCUCCGGCGCCGGCGUGCGCACAGAGACCGCGCUCGACCAAUGGCGCGGCAAGCGCGGCCAGGCCGGGCGUGCGGCGCCGCGCGGAUUUCCCGGCCGCCAACCGCUUUCUCUGACGGUUCGGAAGCAGGCCGUUGUGCCGACGUGUCAAAACGCCGCGUUGGCGCCCACCAGGAAGACAUCGGCAUGCGCACUCCCUAUGGUCAGGAAGAGCGCUGCCGCAAGACCGACGCACAACGCAACAAGCAAGAGCCCGAGGCCGUAG